GGCCGGGGCCUGUCAAUCAAGAGAAGCACGCUAGACUGCAGGUGCGAAGCUGGGCAGGCUCCAGGCUGAAACGACUGCAGCGAAGCCGACAAUAAAGCAAGCAUUUCACGAUGGCGUCUGCAAAUGCCACCUACGGACAAAAGGAGUCCUCGGACCAGAACUUUGACUACAUGUUUAAAAUCCUCAUCAUCGGCAACAGCAGCGUGGGCAAGACGUCUUUCCUCUUCCGCUAUGCAGAUGACUCGUUCACGCCGGCCUUUGUCAGCACAGUGGGCAUCGACUUCAAGGUCAAGACCAUCUAUAGGAACGACAAGAGGAUAAAGCUGCAGAUUUGGGACACGGCCGGCCAGGAGCGCUACAGGACCAUCACCACAGCCUAUUACAGAGGAGCCAUGGGCUUCAUCCUCAUGUAUGACAUCACCAACGAGGAGUCCUUUAACGCCGUGCAAGACUGGUCCACUCAGAUCAAGACCUACUCAUGGGACAAUGCUCAGGUGCUCCUGGUGGGGAACAAGGUUGAUAUGGAAGAUGAGCGGGUGGUGGCCACAGAGAGGGGCCGGCACCUGUCAGAACAGCUUGGUUUCGAGCACUUUGAAGCAAGCGCGAAAGACAACAUCAACGUGAAGCAGACCUUUGAGAGGCUGGUGGACAUCAUCUGCGAGAGGAUGUCCGAGACUCUGGACAACAACGACCCCGCUGUCACCGGAGCCAAGCAAGGCCCACAGCUCACCGAGCAGCCACAGAGGUCCCAUCAGGACUGUGCUUGCUAAACACGUCUCUCUCUCGCUCUCACACACAUACAUAUGCACUACAUUUGCUGUCCGGGAACCCAUUUACAGUCCCUUUUUUUUUUUUUCUCUCUCAUAUCUGUUAACCUGCCCGGAAUGAUUGCCCACUGACAGACACACGCAAGCAAUGCUACUUCAUCAUAAAGAAUCGAUUGCCACAAAUUUGCUCUUUUCAAUCUAUAUCAUCCGCACAGCAUAAUCCUAAUUGAGUCAGGGGCCGAGUGCUCUUCAACAUGCAAACAUUUCCAUGUCCCCCCCUCCUCCCCAAUAUAUGUAGAUAAUGUGUGCAAACUCGAUACAAGAGCCAGCCCUCAUUGUUGUCUGUAAUUUGUUCAUGUCGGGUCCUGCAAUUUACAUUCAAACCUCAAGUCCAAAUGAAUACAAAACAGUUGAUUUGUUGUCGCCAUACUCCUGUUAAGCAGGGUUUAUUUCCCAGUUGACAGGUAUUCAUUGGUACAAGUAUAAUUCUGAAGCUUGUAUUUAAAUGCCAAUACAUUGAAUCCAGUUUAUCAAAUGGCUAGUCAAAUAUAAUCUAGGAUUUGUGUUGAACCUUGCGAGCUUUUUAACUUAAAAAUGGGGCGGGGGGGCACUUCUUGUGAUUCAAAGUGGACAGCAGCAUCAGUUUUGUUUUUUGGUGCUACAGCCCCUUAGUGUUGACCUAUUUAGUCUCCUAGAAUUUUUUUAAAGACAGUCUUGUUCGAACGUUUUAACACUACAGAAGUCACGGUAACGGGCAUGGGCUGGUAACAGAUUCUGAUGGUCGAAAAACUGUGAAGACAAAAAAAUUACAGGAUUGUCUUCCUGCAAUUGCAGCUCUGACAUUUAUUAUUUAGAAUUUUUUGGUAAAUCAAGUUUGUUUGUUUGUUUUCAACAUGGUCCGUGGGUACUUUGGUGAAUGUAAAAAAAAAAAAAAUUGUGGUUACUUGUCAGAGCAGCGGGAGGGGUUGAGUCACUUUGCUUGCAAUACAACUCAGACAAAAAAAAUAUUUAUAUAUAAUAUAAAAAAAUACUACACAUGGGUAGCUGUUUUGAAACUGACUUUUUUCAAACCACGGUUUCCCUUAAAAUCUGGCACUGGCCCAUGCUUAGAACAUGGGAAGGGUCUGCUCCUCACAUUAAAUUAUGGCAAUUGGGCAUUCGGGUAAAAUUUCCCAAUGAAACAAAAUGGUUCAUCGACCUUUAUAUGUUAACCUCACUAAACUCUUAAAUGCAACUGUAAAAGGUUUCACGACAUUUUUGCACAAGUUGCAGUUCUACUCCAACUUUCUAAUCCUCUCUGUGACUCUUCCAGUCUUUCAAGAUGAGGAUCCGCAACUCUUUGAGGCUUCAUCAGGAGCUUACAACAAGAAACUAGAAAAGUCACAGAAAGGUGUAGAAGUAGACAUUGUUGGAACUCUCCUGAAAGCCCAAUUUCGCUAACCUUUUAUGUGGGUCGUGCAUAGAUAUUUAGAAAGUCACUUGCUUUGCAUUUGAAGCUGCACACAAAACCCAGAAUCAAGCUAUUAUACACCCAAAUCAUUUCAAAUGAAUUCUUUCCCGUGCUUUAGGCUCUAUGUUGUUUGUAUCGCUUGUUGACUUGGAUCGUUAUCGGUUGUGACAUCUGGCCCACGUGUCAGGAGUUAAAGAUUUUGUGCAUUUGUUUUCUUCUUUCACUAUGACAGCACCAUCAGCUUCAACCAAGUCUUUUUUUUGGCAAGAGAAUACGAUAUCUUUUUUUUUUUUUUUUUUAGCAUGUUCUUUGUUGAAAUUUGAAUGAAGUGGGUUUGCUCAUGUGGGUUUACUGUACAUGCGUUCACUGAAGUGCAUGCAAGAAUAUAUUUUGUAUUAUUUAUAACUUUAUUUUUACUGUGUUUCCAAUCUGCAUCUCCUUUCUAAUCCUCCUCGCUUUUUUUAACAUGUCGGUGUUUACAACCUCAGGAGGACAGUAAAACAUUCCAGGCGUUUGGUGAGCAUCUACUUUGUCUUUUCCAAAGCAGUUAUGUAACUUUGAAAGAUGCCAGUGUUACAGCAGACUGUUCUCACAGAGCUAUAAGAGGUUCCGUUUUAUCUCCGACCACACCCAAAUAUCAGCAACACGAGCCUGCUAAUGGUUUUCACGCAUGUCCUAAAUUGCAAGUGUGUGAGCAGUCUGCACCAACCUCCAAAGAGGAAUCCAAAUAAAAGUUUGCUGGGCUGUGGCAAACCUGUCAGCAGCUCUUUCUAAAAUGCAGUAAACGGAAUGCAAUUGAAAAUGAAAUCCAAGUCACCCCAUCUACCCCAUUUAUUUUGCUCUGGCUGUAAAUAUGCAUAUGAUUCAAGAACACCCUCCCUGUUAUAAAUUGUAAAUAGCUGUUUUCUGCCCAUCUGGUAUUGUGUGAAUUGUGCUGUGAUUUUUGUGGUGCCAGAUUUGCUCAAUGAGGGAUCAAUAAAUAAAUGCUAGCAGCUGAAA